AUGUCGCUGGAGUCGUGCACUAAGUUAUUCUGCAGGAUGAAGAGACUGAGACUCUGUCUGCUGAACACCAGCAUUAACACCAGCACUAACACCAGCACUAACACCAGCAUUAACACCAGCACUAACACCAGCACUAACACCAGCACUAACACCAGCACUAACACCAGUGCCGGCUGUCUGAAUGUCACGAGGAGUUUUACAUCCCAGCUGAAAGGUGUGAAGCAGAUUAAACCACUAGAUGGCAUGAGAGUCUUAGACCUCACCAGAGUCCUGGCUGGUCCUUUUGCCACAAUGAUCCUGGGAGAUUUGGGGGCAGAGGUCAUCAAAGUUGAGAGACCAGGACCUGGAGAUGAUACAAGAGCAUGGGGACCUCCGUUUGUACGUGAGGAGAGUGCAUAUUUCCUGAGCGUGAACAGGAAUAAAAAGAGCAUCGCUGUUAAUCUUAAAGAUCCGAACGGGGCCAAACUGUUAACAGAGCUAGCCAGAAAUUGUGAUAUACUGGUGGAAAAUUAUCUUCCCGGGAAACUGGACGAGAUGGGACUCGGCUAUAAGGACAUGAGCGAAGCGGCUCCGCAUAUCAUCUACUGUUCCAUUACGGGUUAUGGUCAGACUGGACCUAAAUCACACAAACCAGGAUAUGACUCUAUAGCGUCUGCAGUGUCAGGGAUGAUGCAUAUCACAGGUCCUGAGGACGGGGAACCAGUGAGGCCUGGAGUUGCCAUGACUGAUCUGGCCACUGGACUGUAUGCUCAGGGAGCGGUGAUGGCUGGCCUGCUGCAGAGACAGAAAACUGGACGAGGUCUUCACAUCGACUGUAACCUGCUCUCAUCUCAGGUGGCUUGCCUCACUCACAUUGCUGCGAAUUACCUCAAUGCAGGACAAGAGGCUAGACGAUGGGGAACGGCUCACGAGAGUAUCGUCCCGUACCAGGGCUUCAGAACAAAAGAUGGAUACAUUGUUGUGGCUGCUGGGAACGAUCAUCAGUUUGUCGCAGUGUGCAAAGUCCUGAACCUGAGCGAACUGGCAGAAAAUCCGAAGUACAAGACCAACACGUUACGAGUCCAGCACCGCAAAGAGCUGCUGCAGCUUCUGGCUAAAAGGUUCCUUGAGGAGUCUACGGCUAAGUGGCUGAGAUGCUUCGAAGGCACCGGAGUCCCCUGUGGCCCUAUUAACACCAUCCAGCAGGUGUUCUCCGACCCCCAGGUUGUUCAUAACGGACUCAUUUUGGAGAUGGACCACCCAACUUCAGGAAAGAUUGCAGUGCCAGGUCCUGCUGUCCGGUUCAACAGUUUUGAGUUUGACAAACCAGCUCCACCCCCUGUGAUUGGUCAGCACACAGUCGAGGUCCUGAAGGGCAUCCUGGGCUACAGCGAUGAUGUCAUCAACCAGCUGCUGACUUCACGGACCGUCGGACAAAAUAGCGUUUAUUAAUGCCAGCGAACAAGGCAGGAUCGUGUCCCCUCCCAAAGUACAACCGCACAGCCACCGAAUAAACACCACUGCUCUUUAACACACACAUGCACAAAGACCUGACACUAAGGGUGAAAUAUUGUUCCACCUCCCACACUCACUGGUUAUGUUUUUGAAAUUAAUCGGGCAAAAAAGCCAACCCGAAAGCAAGCCGCAAAUGUAACAAUAACAACAGAAUGACGCAUGAGGAGGCUCGGAGGGUCUGGACUGCCAGUUGGCGUGUCCAGUGGAAUGCGGUCUGGCUCGAUGACCUGCGCUCACAUUCACAUCACCUCACACUCUUCUUCCUGUUUUAUUGAUCAAUAACGUAUGCAGACUCCCUGCUGGAUAAGCUUUCAAAUCAAACAUUCAGUAAUGGGAAAGAUGGAAAAUCUAUUCCUCAGCUCUUUGGGCUGUUAAAAUUUCAAGCUGAGAUUUCAUCACCAUUUGGGAGAAAUUCACAAUCUCUGACUAAAGGCCAAGCCUAGAGUGGAAAUACCCUACGGCAGACGAUAUACGGCACACCUCGUGUUAGAUUUUCGUUUUGUUUGUUUUUUUUGUCUGCUUUUUGUUGUACCUAAGAAUAAGCACCACGACUUCACCACAACUGUGAUAAUAGUUCUAUUUUUUAACCUAAUACGCACACUUUAAUGACAAUUAUUACGUGGACACUACAGUUUCUGAUGGUUUGUUUGUAUGUUUUGUUUUUUGUGUGUCUAAUAAAACCUCACGAUGUUAUAAAUGGAUAAAUAGAGCGAUAUUGAUUACUGUUAGACGAGAAUAAAAUCCAUUGUCGAUCUAUUUUAAUCUCUUGAUAAAUGUAGCUAUUUAAAACUAGCUGGAAGUAGCUAUGGCUACAAAAUACAAGUAAAACGCAAACUGGGAUUUUAUUAUAGCUGUAAAACCAUGCUGUUAGAGGUAUGUACAAAAUAAACCAACACACGACACAAUGACGUUCAGGGAAAUAAAUUGAAGUGGAAGCUCUUACGGUAUCUUGAUUUGUACCCUGGUUUUUUUUUCCACCCUUUUUUUGCACAAGCGUUGUUCACUAGUUUACUUUGCCUGGCAGAGUGUCACCCAUACACUACAGGUCAGGUGGGAAAUUGGACAUUUUCUAGCUUGAUAUCUAAAUUCAUUCUAUUAUAUCAUUUGUAAUUCAUUUGUAUUGUUGAUUUUGAUAACGCAUAUUUCUUCAGUUCAUUAAAAAUUCAUACAUUUAAUGAUUUUAAUGAUAAA